AUGAGCUCAGAACUUUCUUUAUUUGCUACUAAGCCAUAUCGCAUUAGCGUUCAAAGGCAUAAACCUAGACGACCUUCAAUAAGUACAAGCAAAACGGAUCGAUUGUUUGUCGAAUCUCUACGAGAGGAACAAUUUACAAAAAACCAGAAAGCUGCAAGGGAAUAUAUUGAACAAACAUUAGGUUUGAAAUUGCCUAGUAAUGACCUGCACGAGGUUCUCAAAGACGGCGUUUUGUUGUGCAGAAUGAUGAACAGAUUACGACCGGAUGUUAUACCUCAAAUUAGCCGUAAGGAUUUGGCUUUUGUAAAGAUGGAAAACAUCAAUAAUUUUUUAAACGCGGCUCGUCUGUUGGGAUUACAUACUUCGGACUUAUUUGAAACUGUUGAUUUAUAUGAAGCAAAGCGUAUGGAAAAGGUGGUAGCUACAAUAUUAGCGAUUGCACGUAUUUCUACAGGAAAAUUUUCGCGUCGUGCUUCUGAUCAUUCAAUUGAGCGAAUUGAACGACCAUUUUUGGAUAAAUUUAAUGAAUUAGGCUUUAAAGAAUCUGAAAAAUCAGAUUUGUUAAAAAUGAGGAAUUCAGAAAAAAGUACACUCACUCAGUCGGAAAAUAUCGAUCCAAAUUCAACAAUAAAUCCUUCGUCUGAUAAAAAUACAACUGAUGAUCAAACUUCCGACUUGUCAUCGCAUAAUAGCGAUACUGAUAAUUCGAAUUCUGGUACAACGUUCCGUAAGAAGAGACCUAGUUUACGAAAAAGUGUGACGAUGGGUCAAUUAUUUGCAAAAACUUUAGAACAAAAACAGGAAGAAGAACUUGAAUCUGAAUUCGCUGAAGGGCUUGCACCUUUACCAAUUUCUCCAGCCCCAACGAAAUCAGAGAUGCCAGUUAGUCGAAAUAGUUCUACUCGAUCAAGUCGAAAAACUCAUGUACGUUAUAAGAGUGAUCGUACUUCGGAAAUAUUCCCAAACAAAAAUGAGUUUAAGAGGCGCGAAAGUAUUGGUGGAACACCUUCUUUUGGGGAUGCACCGAGAGAGAAACUAGUUUUAAAAGUUGGAGAUGAAAUAAUGUCACAAUUUCAAUUGGGUAAUUGUAUAGGAAAAGGACAAUUCGGUGCAGUUUACAGGGCAUUAAAUUUGGGAACAGGUCAAAUGGCUGCUGUUAAGAGAAUUAAACUUGAGGGGAAAAGUCCUGAUGAGAUUAAACAACUUAUGCAAGAGGUUGAACUUUUGAAAUCGCUUUCUCAUCCAAGUGUGGUCAAAUAUGAAUCAUUUAUUAUGACUACUGAUCAUAUUAACAUUAUAUUGGAGUACGUAGAAAAUGGUUCUCUUUUACACACACUUAAAUCAUUUGGAAAUUUUCCAGAAAAAUUGGUAGUUUCUUAUGUGGUUAAAAUAUUGGAAGGGUUGGUAUAUUUACAUAACAAGCAAGUCGUUCAUUGUGAUCUUAAAGCUGCAAACAUUCUUACAACAAAAAAUGGGAAUGUUAAAUUAUCAGAUUUUGGUGUUUCAUUAAACCUUAAAAUGAUGGAACAUGUUAGUACAGAUGUUGCAGGGACGCCAAAUUGGAUGGCUCCCGAAAUCAUUGAACUUAAAGGGGCGUCCACGGCAUCGGAUAUUUGGUCUUUAGGUUGUACCAUUAUUGAAUUAUUAACGGGUAAACCUCCAUAUUCGGAUCUACUCGCAAUGACUGCUCUGUUUAGAAUAGUGGAAGAUGAUUGUCCUCCUCUACCAGAAAGUAUAUCGGAUGACCUCAUAGAUUUCCUUAAAAAAUGUUUUUAUAAAAGUCCUUCAAUGAGACCGACUGCACGAGAUUUAUUUAGACAUGAUUGGAUUAAAAAUAAUUGGACAAUAAAAGAAUUAAGAAAUCAAGAAAGUUUACCAUUUUUACGGAGGAUAACAUCUGACACUAACCUUGCUGAAAUUAAACCAAGUUCACUUAGCAAAGCUAGUAAUGUUGAUGGCACCAUUAUAGAAAAUACUAAUGAUGAAUGUAAGAGAGAACACGAAUUAUCAGAAUCUUUGUCUCCCCGUGGAAUACCAAUUACACCCAUCUCGACGACGCAGCCUUUGCCAAUGCCACAAGUUGGUUCUCAGUCGAACGUUGCUGUGAUGCCACAACUAUCUCCAACUUCGACAAAAUUAUUUGCGGCAACUCCAAUGGUUCCACAUCGAUUCGUGAAGAAUUCAUUUAGCAAACCUGUUGAAUGCAGGAUAUGUCAUAAUACCGUUAAAAAACACGUUGUCAUGUGUGAAGAAUGUAAUAUGGUGUGUCAUUCGAAAUGUUCUCCAGAAGCUCCUUGGCCAUGCACAUUACCAAAUCGCGCGAUAAGGUAUAUUCCGCUUGAAGUGAUUGAAGAUUCGCUUCCAAGGUUCAAUGCUAAAAAUACAUCUUUAGAAAUAGAUGCUCCAACGAUUACAAACCCAGUAAAUAGUUCAUCAACACCACAUCCACCAACUCCAUCGAAGCGUAAUAGAUUUUCUAAAAAAACAAAAAAAGAAGAUUCAAUAAAUUCACAAAUAUCAUUAACAGAUAGUGUAGAUUCAUCGGUAUCAACAGCAGCAUCAUCAAGCUCGAGACCUGGAUCUCCAAAUAUGGCAGAUUCAAGUAGUGGAAAAGGUAAAGCAGGUAAAUUAAAGAAAAAAAAUGAAGGAGCGUCCAAUGGUAACGGUAAAAAAGAUGAGGA